AUGUCAUUGAAUAAUCCAAGUCAAGAUUUAAUUUUUUUCAAAGAUAAUUCACUAAUAUCAGACAAAAUCAUUAAUCAAGAAACCACCACCACCACGACCACCACAGCUUCAAAUAAUUUUCAUUCUUAUUUAUCAGUGAUAACUUAUAAUCAAUCGACUUCACCUAAUUGGUUAAUCAAUGGAUUAAUUGAAGAUACAUUAUUUGGUAAUGCCACCAAAAGUUUAAAUAAUCAUGAAUCCUACCACCAAAUGAAGAAGAAGGAUAUUAUUAUUAAGAAUAAAAAAAUCAUGAUUAUAUCAUUUUUACAUAAUAAAGAAUUUUAUAUUAAAAAUUGUAAACGAAUUGGAAUAAAUCUUGAAGAAAAGGAAAAGGAACAACAACAACAAUUUCAAUUUAUUGAUUAUUUUAAUGAUUUAUUUAUAAAUUUGAUUAAAAAUCCUAAUGAUUCAGUUAAAGAUAUUAAUAAAAUGUUUGAUAAUAUUAUAAAUUCUUUGAAUAAUGAUAGUAAAGAUGAUGUUGAUGUGAUUAUUAUUGAAGGGGUAGAGAUUUUAUUAUUUGCUACUAAUAUAACAUCAAAUCAAUUGAUAUUUAAUAUUAAUCGAUUAAAUAAAAAAUGUCGACAAUUAUUUGUUGUUUCAAGUAAAGAGUGUCUUUUUAAGAAUAAUGAAUCAAUUGGUGUUACUUUUAGUUUUGAUGAUCCAAUGAUUAAAAUUAAUGAUUUUUUAAUUAAAUUAUUACAUCGUUCACAAUUAAAUAUUACUUUAGAACCAUUAAUAACGGGUCGAGCAAAAGAUAUUACUGGAAGUUUAACAAUUUCGAAAGGUUGUAUACCAUAUGAUGAAAAUUUAUCAAUUUCAAUUAAUGAAAAAGAAUAUGUUUAUCAUAUUACUAAAGAUUCUCAAGUUAAAUUAUAUUAUCGAUAA